AUGUUCGACGGCGCGUUUGACAAUCCUCGCGACAACGGGCAGAGCUCAGAAUUGAAUUCACCCAGCAUGCCGGAAGCCACCACGACAAGCGACACAACCUCGAGCACGUCCUCCAAGCUGGCGUCGGCGCGCGACAAGGUGUCGGACAAGGCACACGAGCUCCACGACAAGGCCAGUGACAAGGCCAGCGAACUCCACGAGAAGGCGUCGGACAAAGCGCACGAGCUCAAGGACAAGGCGUCCGACAUGUCGAGCAAGGUGGCUGAGAAGGCGCGCGAUGCCAAGGACAAGGUCACGGGCAACACCAAGGCCAGCGACAGCACCACCAACCCGAAUUAG